AUGGCCGGUUUGGAAGCGGCCCAGGCUCACGGGGACGGGCCGCACGUCAAGGUGGUGAUGCCGCGUCGUCGGAGCCUGGAAGAGCUGCGGCAGAUGCGGGACUCAUACGAGACGUGGAACCCCCCAACGGCGGAAAACAAGCCCCAGGACGGCGACGAACAGAUUCUCGAGGCUCGGCAAGCAACAACAGCCGCCGGCGUCGCCAACACCACCAUCCCCCUCGGGGACAAUUCGAUGUGCGGGCCCGGGUACGGGAGGUGUGCCGACGGGUACUGCUGCUCGGCUUCGGGAUGGUGCGGCCAAGGGUCGGUCUACUGCAACUCGCCCGAUUGCCAAAUCAGCUACGGCCCGGCGUGCGACGGCAACCAAAAGCCCGCCGGCCGGGACACAUCCGACGAUCCGAGACCCUUGCUGGGCAACAUCCCCUACGGCGGCGUCGGCAUCUUCAACUGUGUUAAUGAUGGCGACGUCGCCAUCACAUACGAUGACGGCCCAUACAUCUACACGGCAGCCAUGCUGGAUGCCUUCAAGGCCCACGGGGCUGUUGCCACCUGGUUCAUCACCGGAACCAACAUUGGCAAGGGCAUGAUUAACGUAGCCUACGCCGAUGUCAUCCAGCGCAUGGUUGCCGAAGGCCACCAGAUUGCCAGCCAUACCUGGUCCCAUGAAAACCUGGACUCUUUAACACUAGAUCAACGCAAAAAGCAGAUGGUUUACAACGAAAUCGCCUUCACUGAUAUCCUGGGUUUCUACCCCACCUACAUGCGGCCCCCUUACUCCAUCUGCGGUGCCGAGUGCCAGAACCAAAUGGUCCAGCUCGGAUACCACAUCACAUUCUUCGAUCUGGAUACCCAGGGAUACCUCAACACCGACCCCAGCCAGAUUGGCAAAAGCGUAGCCUUGUGGGACGCAGCCAUGGUAGCCCGCUCGCCCUGUAACGGUAGCUACCUGCACAUCGAGCACGACAUCCACCAGCAGAUAGCGACAACGCUCACCAACCACAUCCUGGACUCCGUCGUCGCCAACGGAUGGAACGCCGUCACCGUCGGGACUUGCCUCGGGGAUCCCCCAGCCAAUUGGUACCGGGGAGCGAGCUAUAGCUACAACUUCAACAUCACCCCCGUCAGCGCCCCGGUCUGCUCGGCAACACCCACCCUCAGCUCGGCAACGGCCGCCUUGAACGUGAUAGCAGCCAGCAGCAGUGCGGCCCUUGGUUCUGUCCUCCAGCAGUCCAUCUCCACGGAUGCGACAUGCGGUGCCAGCAACCGAAAGACGUGCCUCGGCUCGGCCUUCGGCAACUGCUGCUCUCAGUACGGCUAUUGCGGUAGCACCACGGAUCACUGCGGCACCGGAUGUCAGACCGGCUUUGGCAACUGUACCGUCGCCAACGCUGUCCUCGCCAGCUCCGCCUCCAACACCGUCCUCGCCAGUUCCGCCGCCAACGCUGUCCUCGUCAGUCCUGCCGCCACUAAUACCGCCCCCGCCCCCGUUGUACUCACUUCACUCGAUGGGUAUUGUGGAACCAAGUAUGGCAAUACCAGCUGCCUCGGCUCGGUCUUCGGCAACUGCUGCUCUCAGUACGGUUAUUGCGGUAGCACCACGGAUCACUGCGGCACGGGUUGUCAGACCGGCUUUGGUAACUGUACUGUUACCAAUUCUGCCGCCCCCGCUGCCAGCAGCAGCGUACCUGCUGUCUUGACCUCACUCGAUGGGUAUUGCGGAACCAAGUAUGGCAAUACCAGCUGUCUCGGCUCGGUCUUCGGCAAUUGCUGCUCUCACAGGUCAAUCUUCGGGAUCCACGGCCUCUGGGGCAGCGCCUACUUCAUCUUCGAUCUCCAUCUUGAAUCAGUCCAUCGGAGCUUUGUCUGGUUCGUCUUCUGCAACUACGUCUCCUUCGUCGACAGCUACAUCCGGCUCGGCUUCUAG